CGCACCUGACCUUCGACAGGCAAGGUCACUCUACGUAUUGCCAACCCAACCAUGUUCCUGGCCAACUUGUUUGCCGCCCGCUUCGGCUCCACGAAAGAGCCAUGCUGCCGGGAGCGCACCCGCAAGCGCGGCCUCUACUUUUUCCGCAAGGCGCCGCCUGUGCCGUGUGUGUCCAUGACAACCGAAGCCAUCGACAAGAGCGUUGCCAAGUGCGACACAAUCGUGGGCGGUCGGUGUGUGCCAUUCAAUUCCCGUGAUGUUGUGCGCCUCAAGCGCCUGCGUACAUUGUGGCAAACCCUGAGCCCCGUGAAAGAGUCGUGCGGCAGCACCACCACCCAUUGCAGACGUCGUCGCGGCGCCACCGACGUCGACCUGUGCGAAGACUGCAUGGGGUACGAGUUUACCAAGUCGGCCCCGGACGUCACCGUAUUCGUCACGGAUGUCGAGCUCACGUACUACAAGCUGCCCACCGCGGCGUGGAUCGCAUAACAUGUCAAUACCCGCCAUAAGUUACACUGCAUCGAGUUUUGUAGACGGAGGUCCUGCGCUUGCGUCAUGUAUGCUGGGAGCACGGGGAGCGGCAUGGCUCGAGAGCCGACGAAGCCACGUCAUGCCGUCCACCCAUUUUCGAUCUCUUCGACCAACAGCCAUCGCAGACGGGAUAUCACCUCUUUCUUGUUCAGAGUAGAGGACGGCAGUUCGACGGUCCAAGGCCGCGCGAUUCUGUCGAUUUGAACCGUAUGAUGGUGCAUGCCGUCCGUGAACCAGUCUGGUCGACCAUCGGAGCCGCUGUUCCCAGGAAGGCCAGGCGUCGUACGCUGCCCUCGACGCCCGGAAUCCACGAGGUAGAGUAGCGACUGUCUAGCCUGCGGACAACCUCGGCGGAAGACAACUCGAUUUGGCGCUCGAGAUGAGAGAAGUCGCGGUUUUGAGGACACCACAUUGUGACUUCGUGCGAGUGUAAAUUUCCAUUUCGUCCAACAUCGUUCAUACACCUCGUGACAUUGCACUCAUCCAAGCCUACCAUGCCCGUGUCGCCCGCGCCUCGACUGCCAUCGCCGAGGCGACCGCCCCGCCACGACCAGCGCUC